AUGAACCAGUCAAAUGUUCGCUUUUUGGAUCUACCUGAUGAACUAUUAUUGAUUAUUUUAAACAAACUUCAUAAUAUGGAUGUUCUCUAUUCAUUAUUUGAUGUCGAUAAUCAACGACUUCAUAAGAUAGUAAAAGAAAAAACAUUCACAAACACUCUCACUUUUGUAUUAACAACAAUAACUGGUAAUGUUUUGUCCAUUGGUGAUUUAAUAACUGAUCGAUUUUGUAUUAAUGUACUUCCAAACAUUGAUUAUAAUAUUAAAUCACUUAUUCUUGAAUCACAAUCUAUGGAACGUAUUCUCCUGGCUGCCAACUAUCCUAAUCUGACCGAACUUAAACUCUACAAUGUUAACGACCAUAUUGUUUCACGUCAUUUUACAGGCAAGAAAUAUCAAUAG